CCCAGAGAGAAGCAUCGUUAUUCCGGCUACUCUGUUGAUGGGAUUCUGUGUUUACAUACUAAAAAAAGAUAGUAAUGGCGGUGUGUGACUCUGAGAUGAAGGACAUGAAAAUUGUGCUCAUUGGGAAAACUGGAGAUGGGAAAAGCUCCUCUGCAAAUACCAUUCUGGGAGAAGAAUUCUUUGAAGUAAACAAUGGACCCAGUGCAGUUACCAACCACUGCACUUCAAAGCUGAAGAUAAUCCAUGGACGCAAAAUUAAAGUGGUCGACACUCCUGGAUUUUUUGACAUUUUCAGACCUGAAGAGGAAAUCAAGAGCGAGAUUGUUAGAUGCAUCGCUGAGUGUUCACCUGGACCUCAUGCAUUUGUUCUUAUGCUUAAAGCCGAGAGAUACACAUUGCAGGAGAUGGAGAUAGUGAACAAAAUUACAGAAACAUUUGGUGAGGAUGCGUUAAAAUACACGGUGGUCUUGUUCACUAGGGGCGCCCAACUAAAUAAGGGUCAGACCAUUGAGCAAUACGUAGAUCAAAAUGAGGAGUUAAAGAAACUGGUUCAGAAAUGUGGAGGCCGCAGUCAUGUGAUUGACAACAAAUACUGGGAACUAGAGCCCAACAGUGUUGAAGUGGAGAAGCUGCUGAACACCAUAGAAGAGAUGGUCAGGCAGAACGGAGGAAGUUGCUACACUAAUGAGAUGCUGCAGGCAGUGGAAGAUAAAAUACAGGCUGAAAUGAGGGACAUGUUAUCAGAAAACCAAAAUGAUAUCAUACAUAUCAGAGAGGAGGCUGUUAAUAGAGUAACAAAUAAACUCCUGGUGAAAUGUGCAGGAGUGGGAGCAGGAGCACUCCUGGGUGCUUUUCUUGGUGUCGGAAUGACAGCCAUCUUGGCUGGACUAGCUGUGGGUGAAAUGGCAUUGUCUCAGUCAGCCUCUGUGGGUUUAGCAAAGUUUGCAAAAACGGCCACAGGGGCUGCAACUGCAGUUGGAGCCGUUGUCGGCAUAAGUGCAGUUGGUGGAGCCAUUGGAGGAGGUAUUGUGGGUGCUCAGGCAGCAGAGGGUGCACAAACUGCAGGUGAAGCAGCAACGAAGGCAGUAAAAGCAAAUAUAGCAAAUGCUAAAAGAGUUGUUGACACUGCUAAAAAAUUGAAAAAUGAAAUUAAGGAAGCUUUCAAUACGCCAAAUGACACUGAUAAGCAGGGUUACAAAAAACUGGAAUCAUCUUCACCUUAAUCUCCAGCCUUUCAUGUUUUGAGGUUUUACCUUUUUAUCUUUGAAAUGCACAGAGAAAUCAUUUUUCAUCAUUAUUAUUUGACCAUUUCUUACAUGAAUACCAGAAAUAUGUGUCAUCAAUGUUUACAUCUUCCAGUAGACUAUAUUGUAUAGGUCUAUGCGCAGUUUAAUGAAGCUAAUCUAUAUUGCAAUGUGAUGUACUUGCAUGUGUCCAUCACAUUUAAUCAAACCUAUUGUUGAUUGAUGUUAAACAUUGUCAAAUUGUCUUUGAAGAUCAAGUAGAAUGUUGAUAUCUACCUAUGUUAUCACAAAGCAAAACAAGAAUUAUACAAAUCCAACAGGAAUGCACAAGGCACUGGACUAUUAUGGAUCAUCUGUUUAUUGUACACAAAUGUUUCAAUUUUGCUUUUGGACUUUGCUCUUUGCCAUUUCAUGUCAUCCAUUUUAUGAUUGUUCCGUUACUGUAUGUCUGUAAAUCAUGAAUUUCAAGUCAUAUUGGUGUGCUAAGAUUUGUUCAUAUUCCAUCUAUGUGUAAUUACAUUUUUUCUAUCCA